UAUUUACCAGUGUAACCAUGGAGACGGUAAACUAGGCCGGCUGGAAGUGGGAGGAGUUAUUUCGUUCAUCGUCUGCGUACUAUAUAAGACGACAGGCAGCUAUAGCAAAUGAUGGGCGUGUGCGUUAGUAAAUAUACAGUAUAGUUCUUUGAUUAAAAAAAUCAGUGCGUGUGACUAAAUUGUUAUAUGAAUUGUUUUAUGCUCAGGUGCAACGACGAACGUUCCUAAGUACAGUUCGGGUCGUGCUUCUGACUGGCUUGUUCUCCAACUGAGUCGUAGUAUUAAAGCAAUAUAACUUGGUAUGUUUUUGCUGCUGGACCGGGGGGCAGAAUAGUGUUUACCUCAAAACAAAACGUACUUUUAUUUAAGUACUAAGUGAUCUCUGCAGAAGAGAGUUAGGACCACGGGGGCGGGGGAGAUUAAAGUCAGAAUUCUGAGGAGAAACUCAGAAAAAUAAAAGUCAGAAUGACUUUUUUUUCCCUCAGAGUUCUGUUUUUUCUUGUUCACAUGUGGCCCUAAUCCUCUUCCCUAGUGAUCAAAUCAUAUUCAAAUGAUAAAAUAACAUCUAUGUAACUUGUUUUCACAAAUUUUCAUUUUGAGUCAGCUUUUACCCAGGGAAGUCUUAAAACCGUUUGCCUAAUAUGAAUUUUAUUUAUUUAUUAUUUACUUAUUGUUUUGCUUCAUAGACCUCUAAUUUUCCUUACAGCAUAUUUUUGGCUCGUUUAAAAAAGGCUGAUUUUGACAUCAACAGGAAGUUGGUGUUAUCAAGGGGAAACAGUGCAUGCGUGCACACACACACACGCACACACACACUUGUACAUCUAACUUUGUGAGAACAUUUAUUGGCAUAAUGCAUACCCUAGACCCUUACCCUAACUGCAGCCAUCACACCUAAAUGCCUAACCCCCACCCUAAUUCUAGUCUGAACCCUAAAAACCAAGUCUUAACCCUCAAACAUCCCUUUGAAAAGGUGUCAGAAAGUGAGGACCACCAAAUUUAUUGUAACUUUCCCAAAAUGUCCCCACUCCCAACAUGUAAAACAAAAUUCAAACCAGUACUCACAAAGAUAGCCAUUCGAGUACACACACACAAAGCUGGCACAAAGAGUAGUUUUGUCCUACUUAAAGUCUGUAGCCUCUCAACCCAUGAAAGUUUCUGAGGAACGCAGAUGACCAAAACCACAUUACUUCAAUAUUACUGCAGGAAAAUGUUCCCAUUCUGUGGAGAGGCUAGUCAGCCUUUCGUGCCAAGUGUGCCAGCUCACAGUCAGCUGAACUUCUUCUAAUAGACAAACACGACCUAAUAUUAGAGAUCAGAAAAAGGAGAACGGCCUUGUGCCUGCUGGUCGCCUGAGUUACUGUGGAUAUUACUUCCUCACAUUAGUGUCAGUUUUUUAAAUCCUCAAGCCACUAGCUGUAAAAUGUUUUAAGUGGAGGCGCGAAUAAAUCAGGGUGUUCAACCAGAACAUUUUCACAAGUUCUGUAUCACAAGUUUUUGUUCUUAUAUUUUUUCUUUGGCAUAAAUGAGCAGAGGUAGAGUGAACAAAAGAAAAGGAAAAUAUAUAUAUUGUUUAUCUGCCCUAUGUGGUCUUGUGUGGGGCAGUUAAUAUCAGGAUGUUGCAUUACAGGAUGUACUCAUUAACCACAAACCCAUAGAAAAUACAUAACCACAUACAGACAACCAACUGUGUUUGUCAGUUCAUCUCUGACAUGAGAACUGGAGACGGCGUCAGUAAUGUCGCCUGAACCCACAUUAACGCUUCAUAAACAGCACAUGUAAGCAACUCUGCACUGUGUAACCCUUAAACACCAAGAUGCUGUCACACCAGCCCACAACUAACAGCUUGCAUCAUAUUAAGCUUACUCAGCAUGUAUGAUUUCUGUUGAAAUGUAUAAAAUGUGCCUGUGCACUCUGUGAUGACAUUUUUUUAGUCUCAGUUUAGAUAAAAUUGUUGUAGUCUAAUAAAACGACCUUGAAAUAAAUUCUACUUUCAUAAUUCUGUAAUGUUCCUUCUUAUUUAGCUAUUUUAGAGCAGUGUUGAUUCACUUUUAUUGGGAUUUUAAGGGCUGCAUAAUUUGUGGUGCUGUUACAUUCUGCUCUGAAAAAAGAGGUGUUUCAGAUAUUUUGCCCACUCUAUUAAUAUCAACCAGAGCAUCAUGCAACACAAUUCAACAACACCACAAACUACAGCCUUAAAAAUGUCCAUAAAGAAUCAACAUCUCUGUCUGAGUUUCAACAAAAACUGAACAUUACAACUUAUUUUACACUGUCUUAGUUUUAGGUACGUGAGCCCAAGGGAGUAAGGUAUUCAUAUAAAGUGAGUCUACUGAACAGGCAAAGCCAUGAUUUUAUUUAUAUUACAACACAAAACAAACUGUGAAUGUGUGCUUCACACGAGAAUUGAGCAUAUAGCUUUGGUAAUAGCAUAACUUUAUUGUGCUCCCAGUUUAUAUCUGCUUUAUAAUGUUGCCUAGCUCAGAGUGUUCAUAAAUACUGCUUUGAAAGAGGGUGAUCAUGUGACUGGCAAGAAAGGAAACUAGUGUCUUGACUUUUCAGAUGACAUCCUGUGUGGGGGAAAAAAAAGGUAGUUCUUUGGGUGGAAAGCGGUUUGGAGAGGGGGAAGAGAUAAAAGGAGGGAGGUUGUUAGUCACAUGUCCUUAACAUUUCUUUAUCAUGAGGAGUGUGAAAGAUUUUCAGUUUGUCUGGAUGGAGUUAGGGUUACGGAGAACCUGCUUUACUCACACCUCUAACUUAUGGGGCAAGAAAAAAAAUGAAAUUGCGUGAGAAGGGUAAAAAACACGUAGCUCAUUUUGAUCUUACUGCAGACAACAUUCUGGACUGAGGAUUUACUUUAAAGCUUUGAUGGUUCUCUUACUGGUGUGAGAGGCACUGUUGUAUCAACUUUACAGAAGAACCUGAGGACAAGUGGAGAUGAGGGACAUGAUGUGGGUUUAUGCUGCGAUUAUCCUCUCGGUGUCCGAAGCAUGGAGCCUGGAUCCAGGAACUAAUCAAAGCACCUCUACGAAUUCCAGCAUUUAUUCUCCUGCUUUGCCAGUUCAUGUUAAAAACUUAGCUUUCAACCUGGGGAGUGAUGUUAACCUGACAUGCAGCAAUAAGACAUGGAAUGAGAUAAUGUUUGUUAUCUGGGAAAUACAGCUGGAAAGCCAUAACUGUAAGAUAGCCUUUAACAAUGAUGGCCAAGGUGAAGACUCCUGCAAUGAUGGCAAGUCCCUCCGGAACACAUCUAGCUAUCAGUCAUACCUGCACAUCCCAAGCUUCUCAACCAGUGACGUGGGGGUCUACAAGUGCGAGUUGGUUUACAACGGGGGAACCAAAAAUGAUGUGUUCCACGCAACUAUCACAGUUCCUCCUAUUGCAUCAGCCUGGAUAGAGAGUAGAGGCAACAAGAUGGUGGCUGUGUGCAAAGCUGAAAGAGGAAAACCUGCUGCCAACAUCAGCUGGAAUCUUGAGGGAAACUCGACGACUGUUGAAACAAUGUCUGGCUCAGAUGGAUUAAUUACAGUUGAAAGUCGUCUGGAGCUCACUGAGGGCAUGAAUAUGGAGACCCUAACCUGUGCUGUCAGUUACCUGAACUGGAAACAGGACCGGAUUUUUGAACUAAAACACAAAAAAGGUUAUUUUCCUCUGCUGCUCAGCCUUCUUGUUGUGGUUGUCGUCGUAUUUUUGGUGGGAUUCUUAUUUUUUGCACAAAAGAAACAAAUGUGGUUGAGGAGAUGCCAGCAACCUGAUUCUUUACCAGCCAAAUCUCCACCGACAGAGGAUGUGGAGGAGGUGGAGCCCUACGCCAGCUAUAUUCAACGUGUGAACUCUAUCUAUAACUGAUCUGCAGAUUUGAUCUUCAUAAAUUUCUUGCAUAUGCAUCACACUCACAGUCAGAUGCACUCUUGAGAAACUGAAGGCUGUGAAACUGAGACGUGGUGAAAUAGUAAAGGGAGAGGAGGGAGAUGAAAGAUUUCCGAUAAGACGGGGGAACCUCUCAGGUCUGACCUAGCAAACACUUGACUGAUGGAACAGUGAAUGUAUCUUAUGUCACAUCCUCUCCCAUGCACAGUACAUGCGGCCCACUGCUCCUUGUGUGGGUCUCAUGAGAACGUUAUUAGUAAAUAAGAGUGCAACUGCUGAAUUAGAAACAAUGCAAUCUUCAGCCAGACACAGCAUGCUUAUAAUGGAUUUUUUUAUGCUACUGAUGAAAUACACGGGCUAUAAUCAGGUAUAAUUAUGCCUAUUUAUAGAUUAACUGCAAAGAGACGAUCAGUUCUCAAUAGAUUCUUGCUGCAGUCAGCCCUGUAAAAAGCCAAGCAGAAAAAACACAUGGAAUUCAGUGACGCAAGUGCUUCAGUAUGAUGUGGACAACAUUAUGUAAAGUGUUUGUGUUAUGUGUUAAUGUAUAAUAAUCUAAUUACGUAUAUAUUAAAUUCAUCUAAACACACUGAUCUCAUUUUAGCUUUGCUCUACAGAAUUAGUAACACUUGUUUGGAUUUGACUGAACUUGAAUUUUCUGAUGCUGAUAAUGUGUUAAAAGUUAGAGUAGUGUGACACGUUGUGUUAGUUGUUUACAAUACAUUAUUUUUCACCGGGUUAAUCAAUCAAUCAGUCAGUCAGUCAAUAAGACUUUAUUUGUAUGGCAUUUUUCAUACAAAUACACUGUAGCACAAAGUCCUGAGCCACCCGGUUAAAACAAGUUAUUAAGGGGAAUUGGGAGGGAUAUGAAACGGAAAAAGGGACUAUUCUGCCAUCUUCUGGUGGAGAUCAGACCAAAUCAUAGGUUGCAACAACAAUAAGUUGUGUUAACCUUGUGUUGAUUAAUUUUCUCUGAAAUGUUGCUUUAGAAUCUCUUCUGUGACUCCUUUCAAAUAUUUCAAAUAUUGUGGUGUAGUUGAUUGAUGCGAC